AUGAUCCCUGAUCCAUCACCGACGACUGCUUUCCCCAGAAUAUUCUCUGCUUCUUGGACGAUUGAUUCCCGACAUGGCAAUGCAAGGAAAAAUUAUGUGCCGAUGCUUUUGACCAUCCAGCAAUUGCUACUAAAAUCCACCAGGCCAUCCAAAAUAGCCUCCUCUCAUCAUGCCUUCAUUUUCCCUACGCUCAGAAUCACCAUCCAUCCUCCAUGGUCAAGAGAGCGAAGGAUAGAAUAG